AUGUCGGUCGAAAGUCAACAGUGGAUCCUGAAUGGGAGUCAAGGCCUCUCCUGCUUGGAAAGCACGACGGCAAAGGUUCCAGAACUGGGUCGAUAUGAUGUUCUGGUCAAGUUCAAAGCUGUGUCACUCAACUAUCGUGACAUAGCGAUGGUUCUGGGUAAAUACCCUCGCCCUAUGAGAAAGGGCUUAGUUCCUGGCUCUGACGGCGCGGGCGAGGUUGUCAAGGCCGGGCCCGGGGUGACGGAAUUCCGUCCUGGAGAUCGAGUUGCAACCUGCUUUUUCCAGGAUUAUGUCGCAGGGAAGCCGACUCUGCAGCGACUCCAAACGGCACUGGGGGCCGACAAAGAUGGCGUAUUUCGACAGUAUGGCAUCUUUCCUGUCCAUGGCCUGGUGGCCAUUCCGCCUUGUCUCGACUGGCGAGAAGCUAGUACUCUAAGCUGUGCCGCAUUGACGGCUUGGGGUUGCCUCCAUGGCGAGAGACCUGUCGCGCCAGGCGACACCGUGUUGAUACAAGGUACCGGGGGAGUCAGUCUGUUUGGAUUGCAGUUCGCUGUUGCGGCGGGUGCGCGAGUCAUUGCGACCACUUCUUCGGACACAAAGGUUGGGCUCCUGAAAGGACUUGGAGCUCAACACGUCGUCAAUUACAAAACUCACUCAGACUGGGGCGCCCGAGUCCGUCAGCUUACCCCCAAUCAACAAGGGUGCGAUAUCAUUCUGGAAGUCGGUGGCCCAAGGAGUGUCAAUCAGAGCCUGCAAGCUGCAAAGGUAGGCGCUGACAUACACAUGAUCGGCUGGCUUGGAGGAGCAGGAGAUGAUCCUGGUCCCACGAUAUGGGACGUCAGACAGGCACUGUGCAACAUAAAAAGCGUGGUCGUGGGCAGCAGAGCUCAGUUCGAAGACAUGAAUAAGAGCAUUGAAGCAUUCAAGAUCAAGCCCGCCAUCGAUAGCUCCGUCUUCGAUUUGGCACGCCUUAAAGAAGCAUAUCAAUAUCUGAUCGAGGCAAAACACCUGGGCAAAGUGGUUGUAGAUGUGCAAUAA